UUGGAGCGGUUGGGGGUACUUGUGAGGUGAGGCUGUGGUGUGGAGGUGGAGGGGAGGCGCGGCAUUGCUCCCCUUCCACCCCUUUACCUCAUGCACAGCGCAACCACUGGCAGGCCAUACCACAACAUGAGAGCUGCAAAUAGCCACUAGGUCUACUCGUGGCAGGCUCUGUACAGUAUAAGGAGAUAAGAUGGCUGAAGAGGAAAAUGUUCAGGUUGAACCUGUGGUAGAGGAGGAGGAGGAAUCUACAAGCUACAAACCUCCACCAGAGAAAUCCCUUCAGGAAAUGAUCGAGACUGACAAGGAAGAUGAAAGUCUCCGCAAGUACAAGGAAACAUUGCUGGGUAGUUCUGCUGCUGGAGCAGUUGUUGUUGAUCCUAAUAAUCCUAAUCGGGUUUUAGUGCGUAAAUUGGUACUUCUAGCUGAGGGUCAAUCAGAAAAAGAGCUGGAUCUUACUGGAGAUCUUAAUGCACUCAAAGAUGAGGCCUUCACUAUCAAGGAGGGCAUUAGCUACAAGAUUCGUAUUGAUUUCCAUGUCCAGAGGGAGAUAGUCACUGGAAUGAAAUAUAUUCAGCGCACCUUCAGGAAGGGACUGCUAGUGGACAAGAUGACUCAUAUGGUGGGUUCUUAUGCCCCUAAGGAAGACGUGCAGUCUUACACCACUCCAAUAGAAGAUGCACCUUCAGGCCUCAUUGCCCGGGGCCAUUAUACUGUAAAGUCUCUCUUCACGGAUGAUGACAACAAUGAACAUCUUAAAUGGGAGUGGUCUUUCAACAUCAAGAAAGAUUGGAAUUGAGGUGGAUAUGAAUGGCAUGUUGUGGUGGGCUUGUGAAAACACAGCCGAGCAUACUUCCUGUUAAGAAGUUGUGCAUAGUCAGGGAACCAACAAGUUUUUAUGAAAUGUUGAUUUAUUAGACGUACAAAUUAAAAGUAUGUCAGUGUAGAAUGGUGGGAUCAUUUAUACUGUCGGCUCAUAUUUUUGACACGGUGCUUAUCAGUAAUAAGUACUUCCCAACUUUGAGCUGCUACAUGUAGCCAGUGCCUAGCCAUAUGGUGAUGCAAUUAUCUGGCUGUAUACUGGAAUUCUCAUGAAGAUGUGUGCUCAGAAAUUCAGACAAUAGGGGGCUUAUCUUGAUUUGCUACUUAUGUUUUGCUUGGGAUUGGAUGGUAAUGUCAAUCAGCAUUUCAUUGUAAACUCAUUUGAUUAGUGGUAAUCUAAUAUUGAAUAAUUUAAUGUGUAGCAUAUUGUAUGUUAGUAAUAUUUGGCUCUUCCUCCUAACCAUCUUUUUGCUUCCAUUAGUUAUUGAGAGUGAGUGUCUUAGUAAACUAAACUACCACUACCUGAAAUGCACAAACAGACUUUAGCUUCUCCUUUCUAUUAAAAUGGAGAAUACUUCUUAUAUUGUAAUGCUCAAACAGUCUAUGUUACUUUGUUUUUUCCCCAAUUCAUAAAAAAGAGGCAUUACAUUAUGAUAGAUGUAUAAAUUAUCCUUGUCACCCAUAUUGACUGACUGCAUUGUAUAGAAGCAUACCACAUUGUAUGUAAAGGAAACAGUGUGUUCAUGCACUGACUGAAAUAAGCCAUCUUUGAUGUCAUACAAAGGAUGUGAAGCUAUAGUUAAUCUUGUAGAUAAUUUGAAAGUCAGUUUGUAUUAUUACAGGCCACAAAAUGACAAUAAAGUUUUAACUAGCAGUUUUUUAUGACUUAUGUAUGACAAAGAAGAAGAAAACAUGUAGCUUCUAAUUAUUUUCUUAACAUUUAAUAUACCUGGUGGAAAAUACCCAGCUCUUUAACCAUAAUCAUUUGCAUAUAUAUCAUAAACAAACUCAUUAAGUCCAGCAGUAACAGUAAAUUAAAUUCAAAUGAACUUGACAACAAUGAACACACUGUGCCCUCUAUAUAUACUGACUGUCUUAAGCAAGGUAAGUGUACUGUAGAAUGUUGUAAAAGAAUAUUACAAAAUUUUAUAAAUAUGAAUGUAACAGACAAAGCACAAUAUGUUUCAUGAUAUUUUAUUCUGGAACAAGUAAUGGAAAAUUAUGAGAAAUAAAUAAUUUAUAGGAAAAGAUGGUAAUUACCAUUAAUAUAUUAGUUUCUUUAGUAUUGUUUGUUAAUUAGUGUUCGCAUGAUUGAGCACAGCAAGUGCUUGUCUUCAUACUUCUGUUAGGGCAAGACUACUGGCAUGUGUAUUUAACUAAAAAAAAAAAUGGAACAUUAACACUUGCACUGUUAUUGACAAUACCAAUAUAAUAUUUCCACAAGUUCAUAAUCUUUUGCAUAUUUUAGAUAUCAAACAGUAAAAGUUGGUAUGAAACUUUCUUAUUUUAAACUUUAUAUGGGUUUGUAAAAACUUUUGUAUGUCUAUUGUAUGUGAACAAAAUACUAUUUAUGUAAACAUUUAUUUAGCUUUUUAAAAACAGCUGCUCUUUGCUAGAAUUGUAACGAAAAUUACACUACUUUAUUUCUCAAAAAUUUAAACAAAUAUUUGUUAAUAACAGAUGAAACUGAUCUAAAGAUGUAAAAGACUAAAACAACCUUAAGAUGAAAACAUUCAGUAACCAAUGAUGCACCUUUUGUGGCCAUUGCCAAAAAUGAAUUGCAUCAACCUCCAUCUAAAAGAUAAAACAACAGUAAAGUCAAUUAUUUUAGUCUCAGUUGCAUUUGCCUCAAUACCACAGUACUCUUCAAGUAAAACAUUUCUUACAGUAUGCUGUUGACUUUGUUAUAACUUAAGUAUUGAACUGAAUUUGCUGCUUACUGGUGAAACAUUUUAAAUGUUUUUAGUAUUAUUUGUUUAUAGGAUAAUCAUUAUAACGAGGAAUGGAGAUAUUUUGUAAAGCUUGUGUCUUAUGCACUGUAGCUCUCUUAGUCACCACAAAUAUGAAAUAACACCAAUCCUCAAAAAUUCUACAUUCGAGUAAGUUUUAGAAACUGCAUUUUGAAUCACAUAUGAAAGAUGACUAUCCUAAAAAUUGCAGUUUGUGUAGAAUUAAUUUUUAUCAGAAUUUUUAUCAGAUUUUACAAAGAAAACAACAGUUUAGGAAGUAAAGGAUUUUGUAAAAAUUGUGUUUGGGACAAUGAUUUGAUGCAAAGUGGAAUGGUGGUUAAAAAGAUAUGCAAUUAUUAAUUACAUGUAUUUAUAUUCAACUGAUAAGAUAUGAAAAGUAUUGAAAUAUUUUAAGCAUAUGCUCCUUUCCAAUAGCAAAUGAUAGUUUCCAAAUGAAGUUUUUAUAAGUAAAUCUAUAAAACAGAAUCUUGUUAUGUGUGAGGUUUGCAUUGUGCAAAAAACUGUGCACCAGAAUUUACACACAUGAAUACAUCUUUACAUAAAUCUUGGGGGAUAUUUUCUGUAACUUCAUUGAUUAAUUGUAGUUUUUCAUGGCAGUACAAUGGAGCAACAUUAGACAAUAACAAUAUUAUAUUACACCAACUCAAAUGACAAGGAGAAUAACAGUAGAUUGGAUGUUGCCUCUUUUUAGCAAUGUUACAAAUGAACUUGUCAAGGUUGUAAAACUGACAUUUUUAAGAAAUGCUCUUUCAUCACUUUGUGCUCUACAGAUUAAUUCAAACUUUUCUCAAAGCUCACUACAACAUUGUUGCAAUAAGGACUGAAUCAUCACUGCAAUUACUAAUUAGUCAAGACUUGAGUUGAAUCUCCAGCCCUUUUUGUAUAUUCCAACAUUAUUCUACAGUAUUUUCAUUGAUUCUUGUCAUCAUAGGAACUAUCCCUGCUCUCUAUAAUAUGAACCAGUGCAAGAUAGAGACUGGAACAUUGUUGGAAUAUGAAAGAACAAGAGAUUUGUUUAACAUAGUAUCUCAAUGAAAAAUUAACCAAGCCAUACAUAACAAACCAGUCUUGUAGCUUUGGGUUUUCUUUUUCUAAUAGUGUAUGUGAAUUUUUCUCCUCAUUGGAUAAUUUUAUAAAGAGGUGAAAAAAGACCAUUGUUUAUGCACCCAAGUGAGAACAAGGGCGUCAACAUGACUAAUAUGUGCAUGAUGAUAGGAUUAAUCUAGGCAUCAACUUUGUACUAAACACUAAAUGCUUGUAAGGCAAUUACAGAAUUCAACUGUUAAGCAUAUAUAUGCCUAAUUACAAUGUACAUGUUUAAAUUUUGAAAAAAUUACUACAUGUACCUGCUAUAGGUUUGCUCACUUCAGUCCUCUCAUAUUGUCAAUUGUAUAUUAUGUGCUGUAUCUCAUUGCUUUUAACAUCUCCCAUAAAAGCACGUUUUUGCAUAUAUAGAAUGGUCACAGAGUAAUCAUCUACACAUGUAUUUACAUAUUCAGAAUUUGCAUAUAAUGAGACUGGGGUAUAUUAGAGGAGCUCAAAAGUUUAAUCGGAUGAUAAGGCAUUAUUAUUAUUGUCUUCAGUUAUCAGCAGGAAAACAUUUUUGCAGGGCUCCUUGCUGGUAUUAGUGUUAGAGUUUCUGGUGUCAAUCUCUCAAGAUAUCAGGUUUAUUGACAUGAUUUUACUCAAGAACAUCGUACAUCUCUUUACUCUUUGGUUUUUGCAUUGAAAACCAAUAGACAUGGUCUUUAUUAACUUAGAUGACACACUCAUUGGAUACUAAUGCACACACUCCAGGAGCAUUACACUGUAGGGCUGAUGUGUAUAUAUCUGGAAGGCAGUGAAUUUACUCAUACAUACUAAAAGCAUUAAAUUAUUCCUAUCAUCAAAGUAUGUUUUAAAUUCACUGUUAUGGUUUUGUAGGCUUUGAACUGAAGAUAUCAUUGGUUUAGUACUGAAUGUGAUCUAAUACAACUGCUAGGGCUCAUUGUUAUGAAAGACACUUUCCUCAAGUCUUCUAUGAAAUAUAUCUGUUGUAGGUGAAGUGUGCAAUGAAUUAUGCCAUUGGUGUAUUUGUUGACCAAAUAUGUUGCAGUUAUGGAAAUGCUUAAUUGGCUUUAAGGGGUCUUUGCCAUAAAACUUGGUUUAUCAGCCAGGAUUUUACUACAAGUUACUUAUAUUUGACAAUAAGCUUUGCAAGCAGCCAGUAAGAAAUAAAGGUUGAUCCAUGCAAACAUGGAAACCUAACCUUCAGAAUGAUGAUGACUUAGAUGCAUAUAUUUCAAUAUUAGAUUUCUUUAUUUAAAAAUGAGAUUUAUAUAAUUUAGUUACAAAAGCAUCCCAAAGUUUUAUCAACCAGUCUUUUGUAAGUGACAUGACGUUAAAGCUUUAGUAGAUGAAAAAAAAAAUUAUUUUCUAAAUUUUGCUGCAAGUGAGCCCAUCAGCUGUACAAUGUGCCUUAAUUCUCCAACUCUAAUAUUUGGUGCUUAUGUUUUCAUCCAUGUUCAGUUUUUUUUCUAUUUCAGACGUAAUGCUUAUUUUGUUGAUUUUAUAAUAGCAUUCUGUCUUCAAGCUAGGAUUAUGUAGCAUAAUUUAUUUUUGCCCUGAAAUUUACUAACAUUCAAAAGUAAUAGUUACUAUAAAAAUAUCAAGGAAUGAUUACUAUAUAGUUACUAAUAGACCUCCCCCAUAAAACUGUCAUGUGGUUUGUGAUCCAAAGGAAGAGCAUUAGUUCAUGUUGAACAUAUUCAAUAUUUAAAGUUGUUAAGUCCUGAGGAAAAACAAAUCUGAUAUAGUAUUGCAAAUACAAUCUUUCAGUGCGACUUUGCAAGGGAAGUUACAUUAUCAUAGUGUAAAAUUAUACAAGUUCUGUAGAAUCUCUUGACCUAAAUACAUGAAAAUCUUGAAUUAACAUUAUCUCCACCUCAUCUGAGAUUCAAAAUCAAGCCUUAGCUGUGAACUACCAUAGUAAUAAAAUCCCUCUUCCCCUUUCUGAAGUCUUUUGUGACUAUUAAUCUCCCCCGUCCCUGCUAGCGUGUUGAAAACUGUUGUGACAGGAGCAGGGAGGGGUAGAUUUUUUUUCCCUUUUUUUGGAAACAAUGCAACCAUUUGUUUUUAUAGAGGGAAUGCACUUUUAAUAGAGAAAAACAUUUCAGAGUUGAGAAAGACUGUAGGGAACAUCAUAUCAGACAAUGAUCUAUGGCUCCUCAAAAGAGAGAGACUGCUCAUAAAAGUAAGCAUCUUAUGCCAGCAGUGUGUGGCAAAGUGUGAUAGUGUAACAUGGAAACAUUAAACGGUGGAGUAUAUAAAUGCAUAAACUACUUUGCAUAGCAUAACUGGCAACUUGUACUGGUAGGCCUAGCCAGCCUGUGUGACCUGGAUCAACAGCUGGUGUUUUUUUCUCUCUCUCUCUCUCUCUCUCUCUCUCUCUCUCUCUCUCUCUCUCUCUCUCUCUCUCUCUCUCUCUCUCUCUCUCUCUCUCUCUCUCUCUCUCUCUCUCUCUCUCUCUCCAUUUGUUAUUUAUUUGUAGAUCAUGAAGUUUAUGUAUUACUCCACAUUAUAUAAUGUAUAUUAGUGAAAGUGUUAGCAAAGAAUGCAUUCAUUGUCUUAAUUCUCAGAAUUAUUGCUUUGAAAUUACUAGCAACAUUAAUCAUGGCCACCAUGGUGAACCCAAAGUAUGGGAAAGGGACAGAGUUGUUCUCACCUAUUCCAGCCUCAUGGGUGAAGUUGUGGAUGAAACAGAGAAGGGGGAAUUUAAUACUAUGGCUGUAAGUGUGCUAACCCUUACACUACUGAGCUGCUUAUUUAUGGGCUUUAGAGGAUCUUUAACACAAGCUGUGAUGUUAUGAGUGGUAAUUAUUACCCAGGCAUGAUAUCCUGAAGACACUGGGUGAAUUACUCAUUGUAGUGUUAUUACAGGACUGGUCUUUAAUGAAGAUGAUGUGUAUUUCAUGUUUCACUUUAUCAGUGUUAUUUGGUGGCCAUAGAUAACCUGGAAUGAUCUUGAUCCUAAUACAUUUUAUUAUAAUGUGCAGUUAGUGUAUAAGGGAACCUAGUAGUAGCAAAACUUAAUCAUCCAUGUUUUUUAUAGAUAUCUAAAACAGUCUUCCCAUUACUAUUUGCUUGAUUAGGAUUCAAUUAUACAUUAUUUUAAGAUAAAGGUAAAAAAGUUGAAUAUCAUACCAUUGUUUUCAGCUGUUUAGAAACACACUCAUGUAUACAUGCAUGUACACACGUGUGUGCACCCACAUACACACACACACACCAGCACUCAUAUGGGGCAUGUGAAUGAAUACUGCUUCUUAGCUCAAUGGUAAAGAGGCUGAGUCUGUGUUGGCUAGCAUAGGUUCAAACCCUACUAGGUGCUUGUGACCUCUGGGAUUUUUCUGUCAAGUGGGACAGUUGCUGUCUCUUGACCAGGGGGAUGUGGAGUGCGGUGUAAUGUUACAGUCUUAUCCAAGGUCAGUAAAUAAUGAGCUCUGAGCUCACACAGAGAGGAUAACAGUAGGUGGUAGUGGGUUUGUUUGUGAUCAGGCCUUGAUGGGGAAUUGAAGAACACAUAGCCAUUAGGCAUUUGGAAUGACUAAGGAUUAUUGUGUUUAUGGGAGACUGUUUGCAUGUAUAAAAAGAGAGAAAAUUCAUUUGGAGACAGGACAAGAUGAGCUUUGCUCAAAUCCUGUACAGUAUGAAUUGGCAAAUAUGCUUAUUUACACAUCAUUUAAUAUAGUGAACAGCAAACUCAGCUCAUCAUUAAGGGAUCUUGAAAUUGAAUCUCAGGAGAGGAAAGGCAGAUAGAUGAGAUGCUUUAUUUGUUGCCCUCAUUUACUUGGCAGCAAGUAGGUAUUUAAUACAAAUUGAGGUGUUGUAACCUUGCUUUCAUGAGCUCUUUCUGUUGGGGAAUGACUGGCUUUGUCACCAGACCAACAGAUGUCUGUGGUUGAAUAACAAACACACACACACACACACACACACACACACACACACACACACACACACACACACACACACACCAGUAACCAAGAUAGCCUCAAACCUAGAAAAUUGUCAUCUGAAGAAAGUGUUAAAAUAACAUUUCCAGCCAUAAAAGGAAGAAAAAAAUGAAGAUAUUGAGAAAUUUGAGAGCAGUUGUUUGUAUGGAUGGCACUUUAAGUUCAUAUAUUUAGGUUGAAAAUUAUCACAUGCAGAUGGCCAAAAGGAAAGCCAUAAAGAAGGAAAGCAAUUUUGAACAUUAAUAAGUGACAUGUUUGAGAUUCUUAAUAAUUUAAAGCUUAUUACUAGGUCUGGAAAUAGAAAAUAUGAACACAACUCUUUCUUGUGCAUCAGAACUACACAUACUUGUGGGACCUUGUUGCAUUAAUUAUGUAUAAUGUUUGAUUUAAAAGUGAUGUUAGGCUUAAGCUGAAGACAUGCAUAUUCAAAAAUAUAAGGAUGGUCAGAAGUGGUAUUGGUAAAUGACCAAAAUUGCAUGUAUUGCAGUUUGCAUUCCUUUGUUCAGUAAUCUAUAAUCUAAUAUCAUGAGAGUAAGGUGUUGGUAUUAGGCACAGCUAUGUAUAACGAAGGUCUUUCGACAAACAAGUAUUUUCCCUAGCUUUAUUGUGCCAUAAAGUCUUACAAGUUAUUCUUUGAAAAAAUAUUUUGCCAAUUUUACUUGUUGUAAUAUAUCCUGUUAAGAAUCUGAAUCUUAUUGAUAAAUUUGAAUGAAUUAUUAGGUGAUUGAAUAUGUGUGUGUAUGUAGGAAUGUUUUGAAAAAUUUAUAUCUUUUGUUUGUCUAUAUUAACUUUCUUACUCGCUUUUCAACUUUUAUACAACUAUGAGUGCUCAAAGUAGACUUUUGUAAUCUUUGUGAAUGGAUCUCUUGGAUAGGAAAGGAUGCAGCAGUUUUUUUUUUUUUUUUUUUUUUUUUUUUAUUAAUUUCUAUAUGUUUAUAAGCAAUAAGAUAACCAACGGUACUGUUAAGUCAACAUUGUCAAAAACCUUCCUGUCAAUUAUUACAAAUAUUAUAAACUGUAUUCAUUGUGAUACAUAAAAUUUCUCUGGUGACUUUUUCACAGCCCUGACAUGACAAAUCUUUUUCCAAACCCACAUGUGUACAUUUAGUAUAUUUUCUCAUUCUCAAGAGAAACUGCAGGAUUCAAGGUAGGGAGAACCAGACAUCAUAUUCAAAGUAUAAAAGAACCAGAUACCAAUGUGUUAUCCAUUUUUUCUUUGUUACUUAUUGGGUUUACAACUGUGGCUCUUCAAGUACACAAACUGAGGUGUGCAGAGUGAGCCAGUUAGUGCAUCUUGAGUACCUAAAAUAAAUAGUGUGAAAGAGUAAUGGAAGAAGUUAUUUUUCACCAAUAGUCUGAACAUUAUCUUGUGAAUAAUUGUGUAAUGGUUCUAGUGCAGGAGGUGCCAGACAUUGAAGACACAAGCAAAGGAAAACAGUAGUGAUCACCAAAUUUACUUGUAAACAAAAGUCAAUGGGGGCAAUAAACAUUUAUAAUUUUU